AUGUCUACUACCGGCGUCCCAAUAUACACAUCAGCCCCUCUGAAUUCAAAUGAAUCAGAGGGUACACACGCAACAACCUCUCACCCCGAACCCGCCACCGCAAUCCAAUCCUCUACAACCACAUCUCCACCCCAAACCACGACAGCUACAGCUACAGCACCUUCAUACGCACCUGUCUACGCAACAGCAGAGCCAGGCGCUGCACCAAGCCUGCCAGCACCAACAGGUCAACCCUCAGCAACACCAACAACAACCCUCCCCCAAGCGCAAUCACCACCAAAUCCCCAACCAGGCGCUGUCCCAAGUCUAUCCCAAACCGCACCUGCACAGCGAUCAACGAUCCCCCCACCCCCAAAAACAGGUGAAACACCCACCGUCGCUGCAAGCCCGUUCACGAGUUCCUACGCUUACCAGCGCCCAUCACACUCUCACUCUAUCCCAAACUCAACGUCUGCCCCGUAUGCCGCUGUGUACCAGUCCGCAUCUGACGUGGGUGGUUCUUCCCGGCAACAGGCAUUCCAGGGUGGCUAUACUGCGCGGGGCGGGGGUGCGGCUGAUAUCUUUGAUGAGGAACCGGGGUUUCUGACUACGGCCAGGUCGUGGAUGCAGAGUGCUGGGUCCAAGUUGGCGAAUGCCGAAGCUGAGGCGUGGAAAUUCAUUAAUAGUGCGCAUGAUGAUAAGUGA